UGAUGAGCCGUGAGUGCUGGGACCAGAGCACAGGCUACCAAGCCCGGUAACAAAGGUUCCGAGAAUGCUAGAGAAGCUUCGCGCCUGCUGGGCAAGCAGGUGUGCUGCCGAGAUCAGAGAGCUGCCAAUGAAGGCGUCCCUGAUUGGAGCUCCUCAAGUCGUGACCUGCAAUUCUGGCUCUCGUGGCGCGAUAAGCCUGAGCGCAGCAAGCUCGUGGCUUGAAGCCUGGGUGACCUCCUCAAGUCAGAUGUCCCGAGUGGAUGACGCGUAAUGGCUGGCGUAGCGGAGAGUGCGCUCUCACGCAAGCCAACAAGUCGACGUCAAGAACCAGGAGCGCACUUGAAGAGGAGCCAAUGAGCCCCAAUGAGGUGAUUGAGGGCCCUCGCGAGUUAGCUGCUCAUGUGAAAAGCAAGCAGCUAUACUCAGCGAUAUGGCCUUGGAUUGGAUGACGGGCAUGGGCGUGAG